ACGUCAGCAAGCCGCUUUCUCCCUUGUUGACUCAAUAACAAGAAAGAAAGAAGGGAAGAAAGUGACCUGAGAGAAAUGCUUUACCUUAUGCAACAUCUCUUAAUUUCAACACGACUUCAACAGCUCCAGUGUUAUAGCCUAUAUGCGGUUUCGGUUCGAACGGUCUGUUUUACAAAUUUCUUUGUCUUCUGGCCGGUGAAGUUAAACGGAAAAUCUGUUUAAGUCGUUUCCGCGAGGAUUUCUGUUCCAAAAAGGAUCUUAUGACUUCACGUUUGAUUUUUACACGUAAACAUGGUUGUUUUUUGGAAGAGCAGCACUAAUAUGAGUGAUUUGGUGAGUCCGGAGUAUCAGGGUUGCGUGGACGGAUCUCUGAUGGACGGAUUCAGUGUUUUUAUUCAGGGUCUGUUGGCUGUUCUGGCUUUCAGCACUUUAAUGCUGAAGAGGUUCCGUGAACCUGUCGGAAUAAGAAGACCUUGGAGGAUCUGGUGCUUUGAUACAUCCAAGCAGGCCAUUGGGGCUCUUUUUAUGCAUUUUGCCAAUAUUUUCUUGUCCACACUCACCAACGAAGAUCCCUGUUCUCUAUAUCUGUUGAACUUCCUGUUGGAUGCCACAUUGGGAAUGCUGGUGAUCUGGAUGGGGGUGAAGGUUGUUUCCAUGAUAGUGGAACAUAAACAGCUAACAUUGCUGAUGUUUGGAGAAUAUGGUGAUCCUCCUCGGGUAGCGGCCUGGCUGGCUCAGUGCUCAGUGUAUUUACUCAUUGUUACUCUGGAGAAAAGUGUGGUCACUCUGGUGCUGCUCAUUCCUGGGUGGACCAAUCUGGAGGAGGUGGUGCUGGACUACAUCCCAAACCCACAGCUGGAGUUGGCCAUCGUCAUGCUGAUUGUGCCUUUCAUUGUCAACUCUAUAAUGUUCUGGGUGGUGGACAGUUUAACAAUGCGGAAAUAUAAGAAAAUGACAUCUGUGGAGGGCUCACGUGACUGUCCAAAGCAAGUAGAGGUGUUGCCAAAUGAGAGCCAUGAUGAAGCUGAGGUGCUGCUAAAGGAAGAUGAAGAUGAUGCUACAGUGUGUUCAGAACAGGAAGAGCACGUCUCAACAGAAGAGGUGUUAAUACGAGUCUGUAUGGAAGUUUAAAACACACUUUGAAAGUAUACUUGUCAGAAUUUCUUAAACGCUAUAUCCCUGUUCCUAAACCUAGUGAGCUGUCUGUUGUUUACUUCCUACAUAGGCAGCUACCUUCCAAAUUGAAAAGGAAACUCAUAAGUGACUGAUUUGAAACACUCUAAUUAGGUUUCAACUAACACACAAACAGAACUUUUUAUGUUAAGUGCACACUUUUUUAUUUUUUUGAUACUUUUUAGUAUUGAAUGAUAUAUAUUUUAUAUAUUUAGCAUCAUAUCAUUGUAGGAGAGUGCCAAUGAUGCUUAAAUGGAGCUUUUCAUGAAAAGUACAUUUUGGAGAGAAGAUUUAAAAUGAAUUCCAGUUGGGGUUUACAUGACCCCAUUUUUAUCUAACAUCAAUUUCGUUGAAUAACAGUGCUUCUCGCUGGGUGACAAGCUCUUGUAAUAUGCGAAUAACAUUUUGAAAAUGACAUCUAAUCAAUAUAAUCUAUAAUCUUUUUAAAUCUAAGUAUUUUGUACAGUAUCCGUUCACAUUUACAGGUCACCUGGUGUAUGUAAAACAAACAUGAUCAUUCUUUAAUGUACUAUAACCUCCAAGAAACACCUCAUACAUGGCCGCUCUGAAGAAGAAGGGGCUUUCCUUGCCAAUAACGCUUGGAUAACCCCUUAUUUACAUUGCACGCAUUUGUUGGGCAUUGCGACUCUGACAUGUCCACCAGAGCUUAACGUGGCCGCUCUAGUCAAUGCUUGCGUUUACACUGCGGCAAGUUUCAGAAGCGUCCCAGAAGCAGCUCUCUGCAUUGCUUCGCUAAAGAUAUACCCCUACGUCUCCUUUAAUUAAAAUUAAUAGAUACAGUGGCGAUAUACAUAAACCUACCAACAUCCGCCAUACUUAUUGCAAAAGGCAAUAAUUAACGUUUUAUUCACAUAGCAUCGGUUAAUGGAAACGUCAUUUUACAAUAGUUUUUAAUGUCGAAAAACUCCCAUCUCAUGUUCUCCCUCAACUUCAAAAUCAUCCUUUAUCACUGUUUUACCUUUUUUGUUAAAGGGUGUUUGAUCUUCUUUGCAUGUUCUCUUUGCAAAGACUGGUUCAGUACUUCUGCAGCGAUGCAGGAUGAUUUUGAAAUGAUUUUUGAAGUUGAGGGAGAAAAUACGAUUGGAGUUUUUCGACAUACCCUAACUUUCAUGAACCGGAAAAAAAACUGUUCAGGCAGAGUAAGACAAGACGAGUGUUUGACGUUAAAAAUGUUUUAAAUAGUUUUUUUUUUAAAAUGAAAAUAACAGUUUUGCUAGAGAAGACCCUUCUUCCUCGGCUGGGAUCGUUUACAACCAUAUUUGGGAUCGUUUAAAGCCACAUUUAAACUGCAUUUUAGAAGUUCAAACUCGGGGCACCAUAUCAGUCCAUUAUAUGGAGAAAAAUCCUGAAAUGUUUUCCUCAAAAAAUGUUGGAUGACAAGGGGGUGAGUACAUUAUCUGUACAUUUUUGUUCUGGAAGUGGACUUCCCCUUUAACGUUCUAUUUUUCAUUACCAUAAAAAUAUGUUUCCAGGACUUUCUGAUAACAAUUGUUAGAGAGAAAAAUGCUGUCUAGGUAGGCAGCUCACUAGAUUUUGAAGCAGCUGUGAAACUGAAAACACAGUAGCAUAAUGUGAUUUCUCAUUCUAUACGUCAUGUAAAACGGUGUUUUUCUCAUUGUGUUAUAAUUAUUAUGCAUGCAGCUUAUAUUAAAAUGUUAGCUCAUAUUAAUUGAGAUACUACAUGGAUUAUUUGUGCUUUUAAAAAUUCAUAUUCAUAUCAGGCUGUUAGAAUUAGCAAAUCAAUCAUGUGAUUUGACGCAUUACAGCAUUUAAGUUAUAUAGUUGGAUUUCUACAUUUCUAUAAACUUUAACCUAAAACAUUAAUGUUGGAAAAAAAAAAAAAUCUUUCAGGUCCAUGUUAUUUGUCAGAAAGAAAAAGAGUUGAAUGGCAACAGUGCAAUUUUUAUGAAAUACUUUAAAAUUACGUUGUAGGAUGUUUGUAUAUAUGUUUGUAAGUUAAUGUAUAAGCAGUUUAAGAUAAUUAUUAGCAUACGAGUUAUUAAAGGGAAACAUUAUCCUCCCUCCAUGUCCUUUGGGGUUCAUACUUCUAAGAAGUUAAUUAAAAGAAAGAGAGAAACAGAGAGAUGAGAGGAGGCCUAGUGUUUCUCCUGAUUACAGACAUUCAGACUUUUAAUUUGUAGUUUAAAUGGCUCAUGUCACUACCUUUGAUGAACACCUGUAAAUACACUACAAUCAUGUUUCCAGCUCUGAUGCAUGCUAGAAUAUUUCAUAUCUGAAAGACAGACUCGACAAAAAGAUGUUACGUAAAAAGAUUUGUAAAUAUUCAGUAUUACGUGAAAGACCAGAUGGCCUUUGUGUUUAAACAUUGUACAGUGUUGAGGUUUUUUUUAUGAUUGUUUUUGUACUUUUACAAAUGAAACAUCAUGCUGUAGGUCUGAAUAACAAUUGAUAUAACUAAUGUAUAAAAUGCAUGAUGUAAAGUAACUGUAAACUUUGGAAAUUCAGCUAAGUUAUAUUGAUUUUUACAAAAUUGUAGCAAUGGCAGCACGCACAUGCUGUUUCUUUAACAUGAAGAAACAUCUCAUUUUGAAAAUGUUGAAAUUUUAUUGAAAACUAAUAAACUAUAUUUCAAGUGUCCUGUGAA